AUGUUUAUUGAUCAGAUUCUCAAUAAACUCAAAUGUGCAUUUAAAAAAUUUGUAGAAACAAAUGAAACAAAAUUAAUUACUUCAAGUGUUCAACAAAUUAAAAAGAUAAUUGAUUAUGGUUUAACAUCAGUAAAAUGUGAAACUCGUGAAAUUGAAAAACGAAAUAUUCUUAUAGUAAAAGGAGUUUAUAUUUCAUUGAAUUAUAUAUUGACAACAUUGGAAGAAAAAUUAAAAAAUUCAGUUGAAGUUUGGUUAACGGCAUCAGAAAAUUUGUUUAUUGAUUACAAGAGAAUAAUUGAUGUUUCAAGAUUAAAUGGUCAACCAGAAAAUAAGCCAUCAAAAGCAGAAAAUGGUAAACAAUAUGGAACUGAAUCGGAUAAAAAUGGAAAACAUGGUCAAAAUGGUAUGAAAGGUGAAAGUGGAGGAAAUAUAACAAUCAUAUGCGAAACAGUUGAAAAUGGACAUAAUUUAGAAAUAAAAACAAAUGGUGGAAAUGGAAGUUAUGGACAAGAUGGUGGUGAUGGUGUAGAUGGUGAAAAAGGUGCAGAUGGUCAUGGAUUAGACAUGGGAGAAUUUAAAAGAACUUUUCCACCAGCAGCAGCAUUUGGCGCUACACAAUCAAUGGAAAACGUAAAAAAAAUUAUCGCUUAUUUAGAAGAAAAUGCAACAAUUAUAAAAAGUAAAAAAUGGGGAAACACUUUGGGGAGGCAUGGACUAGCAUGCUACUACAUUGAAGCUGAAACAGCACAAGGAAAUCUUAUUUCUUUUUCAUAUUAUUGGGGAAUAUUUACAAAACAAGCUUAUUGUUUCUAUAGAGGAACAUCUGGUGAACCAGGAACACCUGGUGGUUUUGGUGGACUCGGUGGAUAUGCAGGUGAACCGGGAUUGGCAGGUGACAUUAAAAUUUUAACAAAACCAGACGUAAAAGCAAACAUUAAAACAAGCGCUAUUGAUGGAAGUCGAAGUUCUGAUGGACAAAAAGGUCGAGAUGGAAAUUUUGGUAAAUCUGGUGAAAAUAAACCUGAUGUUGGUUACAUUGAUUGUCAAACGUGGAAAGAGCCCGUGUAUUACGGGCCUAAUUGGUAUAAAUUAUCAAUUUAUGCAAGUAGUGAUACGUACAGAAUCCGAAGUUCAGAAUAUGAAAGUAUAACAGAAUAUGUACAAAUUGAAUUAAGAUCAGCACCAGAACCACCGGCAUGUUUAUCGAUAAAUGAAGCAGAAAAACAUAGACAUAAUAAUACGAAAACAAGAAAACAAGAAGCAACAAGAAAACAUGCAAUUUCAAAUGAAUUAUUAACACAAAUUUAUAAUGAUCAUCAAAGACAAUUUGCAACAAGUUCGGUUGAAAGUUUACAAGUUAAUGUUAAUUUAUUUCGAGAACAAAUAUCAUGUAUUCAAUCUGAAGAAACACAAAUUCAAAUAGAAAAUAUUUGUAUUACAAAAUCCCUUAUUGAUGAAAAACAUUAUAAAUUAAAUAAAUUGUCAACAAAAAAAGUUAAAUUGAAAAACAAAUCAUCGUUGUUAUCAUCAUCAAAUUCAUUAAAUAUUAUUGAAGAAUUAUUAGAAAAAUUAAAAAUAUAUUACAAAGACAAAAGUGAAGUUUUACAAACACACAUGAUUAUUUUGGAAAUGAACGAAAUAUUAAAAUCGAAUAGAUACAAUUUUGAAGAUAUGUUAAAAAUUUCUUUAUCAAUUGAAAAAAUUUUCAAUGAAUCAAAAUUAGAUAAUUUAAAAUCAUUGUUUAAAGAUCCAAAAAUAGAUAAUGAAUUUGAUAAUUUAAAAUCAUUUGUGAUUGAAAAAUUAAAAUUAUUAUUUUUAAAAAAUAUUGUUGCAAAAUAUAUUGAUGAUAAUGAAAAUUAUGAUAGAAAAAUAAUUGACGAAUUUAUUGAAGAAGAAACACAUCGUGGUGGUGGUGAUUCAGCGAUACACGCUGUAUUGGGUAUUAAAAAUGAAUUUGGUAUUUAUGAAAAUAUUAAUUGUGAAAAAAUACGAAAAGAAAUUCAAAAAAAUUUUAUUAAAAUUGUAAAAACAAAUGAUGAUUUAUCAAAAUCGAUACAUCGAUCAAUGUUAAAUUUAAUUAAAAAAUCUCGUGAGAAAACAAAAUAUCCAGAAAUAAAAAAAUAUGUUGAUAAUUUUAAAAAAGUAUUAAAUUCAACAACAAUAAAAGAUAAUUGUUCUUGUAAAGAUGAAAAUGUUCUUAUUGAAUAUAGAAAUUAUAUUUGUCAAAAUUCUCAAUCGUUUCACGUAAAUGAUAUUGGAUUAUUGGCUUAUCAUGGAAAUAUUUGUUUAAAUGUUCAUGUACCAUCAGCGAAUGAUAAAGAUGAAAUUUUAUUAAAUUUAUGUGUUACAUACAAUAAAAAUUCAACAAAUAUUGAACAUGUUUGCUAUAUUGACAAUCGAUUUAUUAAAUUAUCAACAAGAAAAAUUGAAAAUAAAGAUGCAAAAUGUGCUCAUUAUAAACAAAUAUUGAAUGAUAUUGAGAAAAUAAAAACAACGGAAGAAUUAGUCAAAUAUUGUGAUGAAAAAUGUUAUGCACGAUUUCGUGAAAAUGAAAAUGAAAUUUUUCAAGAAAAUAAUUAUGAUGAUGAAAAACAAAUAAUUGAUGAAAUCUGUAAUUAUUUUUAUGAUGAAAAAACAAGAGAUAAUGUAAGAUUAGAAUUGACAAUGAUUGCAUCGGAAUUAAUAGAAAAUUUUCAAAUAAUAAAACGAUUAAAAAAACGUUUUGAUAUUGAAAAUUUUCAAAUUAAAGAUGAAAUAAUUACUUUAUUAUCAAUGGAAAUUUUAAAUUCAAA